UAUGGAAGGAAUUACAAACGGCUAUGGGGACAAAAUUGAAGUUAAGUACUGCUUUUCAUCCAACCACGGAUGGACAGACCGAAAGAACAAUCCAAACGUUAGAAGACAUGUUGAGGGCAUGUGUUCUUGAUUUGCAAGGAUCAUGGGAUGAGCACCUAGACUUAAUAGAGUUUUCGUACAAUAACAGUUACCAUGCUAGCAUCGGAAUGGCCCCGUACGAAGCUCUAUACGGUCAAAAGUGUAGAAGUCCCUUAUGUUGGGGUGACAUUGUCGAUCAGGUGGUUCUAGGACCACAAUACUUGCAAGAUACCAUAGAGAAAGUCAAAGUCAUCCAAGAGAGGAUGAAGGUUGCCCAAGACCGACAUAAAUCAUAUGCCGAUCUUGGGAGGAAGCCAGCUGAAUUCGAGAUAGGGGAGAAAGUUCUACUCAAAGUCUCUCCUACAAGGGGAGUAAUGAGGUUCGGGAAGAAAGGGAAACUAAGCCCGAGGUUCAUCGGACCCUACGACAUCCUAGAGAAGGUGGGAAAAGUGGCAUAUCGAUUAGCUCUACCCACAGAGUUGGAUAAGGUACAUAACGUCUUUCACGUAUCACAAUUAAAGAAGUACGUUCGAGAUGAGUCACAUAUCAUCAAUCCUGAGGUGAUUGAAAUGGAUGAGGCGUUAUCCUACGAAGAAAAACCCGUAGAGAUCCUUGAUACUAAAACCCGAGAGACGAGGAAGAAGAAAGUUAAGAUGGUAAAAGUACUUUGGUCAAACCAUUUGACCGAGAAUGCAACAUGGGAGACAGAAGAGGAUAUGCGUAAACGGUAUCCUGAACUGUUCAACUAAGAUGAUUAUGAUUAUGAAGAUUGAUGUACUUGCUGCCCGAGUGUUCCGCUAGUUGCACACGUUUGAUUAAUUAUCGUUGUUUAAAUUUGUAAUUCAUAAACUUUGUCCUAAGACCCAUUUCAUUGUUAUUUGAACUUAUGGUGGAUAGCUUGUGCACUCAAUCAUGUAUAGGUUGAGUGUGGCGGUGACGCACCUGUUUUUCCCUUAAAGACUUCCGCUGUAUUCUAAAUAUGUUUAAUAAUAAAGAUGGUUUCAUUUAAAAA